AUGUCGUGUGCACUGCUACCCCUCGAACUUUCUCUUCUCCGACGCUCAGAGCUUGAAAAGAAUGAACUGUAUCAAGUGCUAGCUAAGAUCAAGUCCGUAGCGCGUGAGAUCAUAAGGAACCUUGUUCGACCGCUGUCACCAACCGAUAUGCACCGGCAUAUCGCCGCUUGGGAUGUCGCUGAUUUUUCCACUACGUGCGGAAUUUCGAAGGCGCCAUCCGCAUCCUGCGUAUCCCAACCCUCUAGCAUCAGUACAAACAGUACCGGCAAGAUCCCAGCUCGGUCAGCGACGGAUUCGUCAUCCAGUUCCAGCUAUGUAUGGCCCUCGGAUCCAUCCUCAGCUGUGGCUCAUGCGACCCGAGGCGAUGAGGAUGACCAUCACCGGCAUCCAGAUAAUGUGCCUGCCGGCCCUGACGCAAUUUAUGCGUGGAUUUGGCAGGGAACAAAGCUGGAUCAUGACGGGUUGCUAGUCCAGACAGCGAUGCACAUCGGCCUGCACGGAGACCCGAAGCAUCUGCCCGCGAUGACAACGUACCACGCAGAGAUGCGGCAAAGACUUUGCAUCUCGAUCCUGGAGUUGAACUUACAGUGCUCUUUCGAGGCCGGGGCGUCACCCCUUCUGCUAGCGCCCACUACGACACCGAACCCCCUGCGAAUGUGA